UCGAGAAAAACUUCCAAGCAAGAGCGUUUGGUAACUUUAGUUUUCAGUAUUGCAGAGUUCUGAAAAUUUUUAGGGUGAAAAGAAACGCUCUAGCAAAAAAAGGAAGAGAGAGAAAUGGUGGGUGGUGGUGCCCCCCACUGAAACAGUUCGUCUCUCAAGUGUGAGCUCCAGAGAGAGAGAGGGAGGGGGGAAGGGAGAGAGGGCUCUUUCUCUCAGGGUGUGAAGAGUUCGGUGAGUGGGAGAUUUUCGGGCGAAAGCGGUUGUGGGGAGUGCCGCAUUGUCGCAUGAUACAGUGACGGUGGGACUUUACUAAAAAGGUUUUGCUAAUUGGCAACUGGUACCUGUGGUAAUGGGUAAAUCUCCCGGUAAAUGGCUUAAGACCCUUCUCUUCAGGAAGAAAAGCACCAGAUCCAAUUAUGCAAAGACAAAGGAUAAUCCGGUCACAAAUGAGAAGGGCCAGCUGAUCUCUCCAAAGGAGCCUCUUGCUGACUUGGCUGUCAAUUCAUCCUUGGUUUCCCAGCCAGUUCCUACAAAAAAUGAUGUAAAUGGCUCUAACGUGGAAGCUGAGACGAGGGCAGCAGAAGAAGUAUCAUGUGAAGUAGGCACCUUUGUGGCUGUGCACAAAGACGUACAGAGCUCUGAUUCAGGUGUUGGAACCAGGGUUUCAUAUGAUCCUGAGAAGAUCCGAGAAGAGCAGGCUGCAAUAAAAGCACAAGCAGCUUUUCGAGGUUACCUGGCGCGUCGUGCAUUUCAAGCUCUCAAGGGUAUCAUCAAGUUGCAGGCUCUUGUUCGUGGCCAUCUGGUAAGGAGGCAGGCUGUGGCAACUUUGCUUUGUUUGCAGUCUAUAAUCAAGUUGCAAGCAGCUUUCCGUGGACAACGGGUUAGAGCUUCUGAUCUUGGGCAAGCCCUACAUCAGAACUUGGGUGGCGGAAAAAUAAUGAAUACCAACUUUUCUGGUGCCAUAAAGGGGCUAUCAGCUCAGACAGACAGACUACUUUCCAGUGCUUUUGCUAAGAAGCUUUUAGUCUCCUCUUCUAUGAGGAAACCGCUGCAACUUUUUUAUGUUGAAUGUCAACCAAACUCUGCUUGGAGCUGGCUAGAACGUUGGACAGCUUUCCGAUUCACUCUUCCAGCUGUCCAGUCAAAGAAGAGAGGUGACACAAAGCUUCAUAAGCACACCAUGUCUCGUAGUGUAGAGAAUGAGGCAAACAGGCUGAAACGUAAUACCCGAACACGUUCCCUUGCACACGGUGAGUCUAUUGUGUCAAGUACUGCUCAUGAAUCUGAAAGAUCGAAGAGAAAUCUGAAGAAAAUACCUGCACAACCUGUUGAUUCACCUCAGGAGCCUCAGAGUGAGCUUGAAAAGAUUAAACGAAACUUGCGAAAGGUAACUUUAAAUGCUACAACUGACAUUGCUUCAGAUCAUCAAGAGAUGGAAACUGAAAAGGUGAAGCGCAACGUGAAUCUGAGAAAGACUUCAAGUUCAACAACUGAGUUUCAUGAUAAUGGUGAAGCAGAUUUUGUUGAUAAAAGCAGUAAAGAGUCACCCAUUACUUACGCAGAGCAGCCUCAGCUAAAGGCAGUUUGUGAACCAAUAGUAGCAAACAGUCUGGCAGAUUUCCCUGAAAUUGACAAAUCAGUUGAGCUGAAUGCAAAUGAUACAACGGAACCAGUAAUUCCACCAGAAAACAUUGUAAAAUCUGAGAGUCUCUCUGCAGUAAAUGGGGAGCUAAGUUCUCACUCUAAGGACGAUGAAGUGUGCAUAGAUAAUCAGAAAACCAGUAAGCGUAGGUCUUCCUCCCAAGAAAAUGGGUUGCAUAGCAACCCAACACUACCUAGUUAUAUGGCGGCGACUGAAUCUGCAAAGGCUAAGCUGCGUUGCCAAGGUUCUCCAAGAUUCAGUUCUGAUGGGACAGAAGGAAAUGGUUUUACCAGGCGUCAUUCUUUGCCCUCAGUUUCCAAUGGGAAAGUGAGCUCUUUGUCCCCAAGAAUGCAGAGGCUUGUCCAAUCUAAUGGGAAAGGAAGCAUCAGAGACAGAUCACUGCAGUCAUCUCGUGAUGGGAAUGACAAGGUGGUUCAGCCAGAGUGGAGGAGGUGAACUGAAUUCUAGAUUUGUGUUCUUGGGAGAGUAAAUAUCUACUAGUGUACAUUGUUCCAGAGAGGUCUUCACUGUCUACUGAUAUACUUUCAGAAACAUGGUGGUGUUUGUGCUUUCCAGUUGUGGUGUUCACAUUUUCUAGGGUUUGGGUUAUUUUGGUUUAUGUAAAAUUUCAGGGCCUUAGGGUUUGUUAUGGGUGUUGGUUACAUGUAAGGGUUUAGAGUUUGUGUUGGUUUCUGGGUAUCUAUACUUGAUUCCUCCUCUUUUUCUUCUUCUUCUUCUCUUCAUUUUCCUUUUUUUUUCCCCUCCUUAUUUGACAAUGGAACUAUACUCAGAUGACCCUGUAAUUGUGUGCCUAAGUGUCAAGGAUUUGCUACCUGUUUCUGUAGGAUGGUUUCUGGAUAGUGGCUUGAUAUCUAUCCAGACAGGAUUUCAGUUGCAUGGUUUCUCUCCUGAAGAA